AUGCCAGAGGUUUAUGAUGCUUUUCUCGCCAGUCAUUUCAGUGUACAGAUGUCGAAAAGUAACCCAUUUGGUCAAAACGAGGCCGACAAGACCAUCGAGAAUACGAUCAACAGGGAUUGCAAGACGAGUGGCGGCUACAUCGGAUUCAGUGCCAAUUUCGCGGCGACUCAGCGGUGGGUCUUGAACAAUUCCAGGCGCAGCUCAUACAGACGACUCUUCCGCGAACACGUAUCUCUGCUGUCUACUGAGAACAAGCCCCACAAAGAGCUCUCACCUUCCCAUAUAAGAUCAGACAUGGAAGCUGUAGCAAAUGUGGUUGACGUUUUGGAGAAUGUUUUCUGUAAUCCGUGGAACAGAGACGUCGUGCACCUGAUUAGCCUGUCAAGCGGGAUAUCAGCAACUCCUGAGGUCAGAGAUGACCUACUUCAGGCUAAUGAAAAAGGAAAAAGCGCGUCUAGGAAAUUCGUGGAACAGCGAUGCUCAUCUGAUGAAAGUGUUCCCUUUUUUGAUCCUCUGACAAAGCUCAAGCUUAAGUCAUUCAAGAAUCUCAAAGCUGUUAAGAAGGUUCGUUCUAAGGAUGCUGUAAUUCCUAUCAAACUAGAUUGA